AACGUCAUAGGGAGGCGCCGUCGCCGUGCGUCGCGUUGAUCAGCGGUAGUCUGACAGGCUGCGCUUACACUCGCGGUUUGAAGCCGAAGGUCAGGGCAUAACACGGGUCUACUGUGGCCGUUUGACAGGCACUAUGGACGGGUUUGAUAAUUUCAGCGCGUCGGACAAAGCAGAGGCGACGGAGCUCCAGCGUAUGAUCGCGAUAGAGCAACAGAAAGCGCAGUUCCAGGCCCAGGUGCACACGUUCACGGACGUCUGCUGGGACAAGUGUGUGGACAGUCCGGGCUCCAAGCUGGACCACCGGACGGAGACGUGUCUGGUGAACUGUGUGGAGCGCUUCAUUGACACCACCCUGACCAUCACCAACCGCUUCACCCAGAUGGUGCAGAAGGGCGCUCAUUGAUGAGGAUGAUGAUGACGAUGAGGACGAGGAUGAGGGACUAAAAAAGGACAAUGUGAUGACAUUAAUGAAAUGUUUAGUAUCGUGUUUGAUGGAAGAUCGUGUGCACGACGGACGUUUGCAUUUCCUGUAAUGUGACAUGAGUAAAGUGACACACUGGUCUCAUGUUCACCA